UGCUUUGAACCAUUUCAUUUACAAAAAUGUGUUUAUUUCUAGAUUUAACCAUGGACAAGAAAAGGAAGUGACCUGCAUCGUCAUUUUGCCAAUCUCAGGACCCAGAGAUCGUUCAAAAGGGAAUGAUGUAGCACCAACUAGGGUCACGCUAGCAGCUUUGUCUGAGAGAGCUCAGCUUCAGAGUGGCGGGAGGACGUUCAUGUUCCGGAGAACAGCAGAGCGUUUAUAACGUCGUCUAUCUGGACCGUACUCCUGCUGCUCCUGCUGCCUCCUCAGGUUCUCCGACUGCUCCCUCAACACUCAACAAACCCCAGACAUGGAUCUGAGCUCUGUGGUCCUCACCACCGCGGGUUCUGCGAGCUUCUUCAAGCUGCUCAAUGCUGGACUCAACACGCUGCCCCUGCCCGAGUCUGCCCACAGGAACGCGUGGAAGUGGAACAACAUCUCCACAUCGUUUGUCCACAGUUUCAUCACAGCCAUAUGGGGCGUGCUGUGCUUCUUCCUUCACCCAGAGAUGGCUGAAGAUUUGAUAGAAACCCACUCAGUGUUCUCUCAUGCCUUGGUGUCCUUUUCAAUCGGUUACUUCAUCCAUGAUUUCUUUGACAUGAUACUGUACCAGAAGCUGAGUCAGUCCUGGGAGCUGCUCUUCCAUCACGUGGUGGUCAUCACCUGUUUCGGCCUCUCUGUGCUGUCCUGUCGGUACGUGGGCUUCGCUGUGGUGGCUCUGCUGGUGGAGAUAAACUCCGUUUUCCUCCACCUCCGGCAGCUGCUGCGAAUGGCCAACAUCGCGGCAGGUACGCUGUACCGUGUGAACAGCAUAAUCAAUCUGGGCACAUACGUGGUGUUCCGCAUCAACACGCUGGCCUGGAUGACCCGCUGGCUGGUGCUGAACAGGGAGAAGGUGCCCCUGUUGGCCUACACCCUGGGCAGUGUGGGCAUGGCCAUCAUGACCGUCAUGAAUAUCGUGCUCUUUUAUCGACUGCUGAGGAGCGACUUUUUGAAGAGCAGCACCAGGGAAACCAAGAAGGAGAAGGAGAUGUGAGGAAAUAUGAAGGAAAACAAAACAGAAGGAUAACAUUCAUGAAAACACUUGUUUCUGUCGGCUGCCACCUUGUGGCUGAACAUGGUUCUACUUGUUUUUCCAUCUGAAGCUGUGGUCCAGGGUCAUGUGAUCUGUCACGGUCCCAGUCCAUCUUACACACUACACACAGAGACACAGUCUCUGCAGAGUUUUUCCACAUCUCACCAGUGGCUCAUCGUAGCUGACAACUGGAGGAAUCUGUUUAUAAUGACCUGUCACAUUGAAAAACACUACACACAUCACUGUCACGAAUGUUUUUUUUUUUCUAUCAAUAGAUGAAGAUCAGCAGAAUAAUAGCAAGGAGUACUUGUACACACGUGUGCAUCUCUGUUCUAUACAUGUUGUAUAUUAUUGUAAAUACAGCACAUGUGCCUGUCUGGGUUAAUGUAAAAUCCCACAUGAAGUUGAUUUAAAGCUAAUAAUAAUAAUUUUAAUCCUCUGGGUGUUCAACACUACCAAGGUAAAUAUAUAUAUAUGUUGAUUUUUUUUUCCAACAGAAUAUCCUCAACUCUAACCACUUGCUACCUCUGAAAAGCUUGUAAUAUUUUCUGCAACAUAAGCUUCACUCUUAAUGUUGGACUGGUUGAAACUGGAGAAAAAACAUUAUGGUUAAAAAUAAUAAUAACUGCAAACAGGAUUGGUUAACUGCUAAUUAAAACUGAAAGGUAAAUGAAAUGUCAAAAUGCCAAACAGCAGGGUGUGGCCAAGACUUGAGCCUUGCAAUUUUCUUGUGCUUUACCCAACAACAUUCAACAGCUAUCUAGCAUCUGCUAAAAAUUGAGACAAAUCUUUAGUUGGCUAAUUUAAAAGUUGUUUUUUUUUUUCCCCUCAUAGUCCGUCUUUGAGUUGAACGUAGAUUUCCUAAUCUCACUGCCAGGUGGCGUUCUUGCUUGCAUCAAUUUGAACUGGUCGUCUGACAGUGCUGGCUGAAAUACAGCCCUAAAUCACUCCAGAGUCUCCUCCAUCUUUGUUUAUCCUUUUGGCUUCUAAUAACACACUAAUGGAGAGUUAAACCAAACAUUUCCAACCCAGACUCCUUAUAUUCAGCCUAUUCAAAAACAGUAGUCUGUCUGGAAGUCCUUCCCAAAGCAGAAACAUAAAAUUACCAAAUCACUACAGUAGUUUAAUCUUGCAUGGGCUGAUGGGAACUCCAAACCAAUGUGCUUGUUUUGCAAAGUGUGUUAAAAGUACUGAAAACAAUCAGUGUUUCUCCAUACAGUAUAUGAUUUGGUGCACAUUGUAUGGGCCACUGAACACCCUGCUCUCUUUUCUCUUUGAAACUCUAAACUUAUAAUUUAAUUAUAAUGGAAUGUAUCCUGGUCUUCACAAUUAGUCCUUGUUAAACCUUUACACAUGCAUUUGGCUAUUUGGGGUAAAACACAAAAGACCUGUAGCUCAGGACUCAUUCCAUCCACCCCUGUAGUGGCUUCUUUAUUUUGUUUAUUGUAACAUUAAAAUAUUAGUUAAAAAGGAUCAACAAAAAUUAAGGAAAAUGAUCAUAUAUUAACAUCAACAUGUGGAUAUCAAGUGACCAUGACACUGGUCGCAGUGACCAUCAGACUGGCCGAGAUCGAUAUUCUACAUUUACCCUCUAGGGGGCAGCAAAGUCAAGCGCCUCCGCCAUGACCUCAAGGCUACCAAGAGUAACAGAGACGUGUUUGUGAUUCAGUGUGAAUGUAAAUCUUUGCGUUUCUUUUGAUGAUAAACACAGAGGAGCUCUGGUCUGAGAUCAGUGAACUCUGCUGCACUCUUCUUCCUCUGCAUGACUUCCUUCUCCUCCAGCUCACGUCCUUGAGUUCUGUGUCUCUGAUUUGUUGUUUGCAGGUUUACGUUGUGUACAUUUUUUUUUUUUGUAAUUUAUUUAUGGUAAAGAAAUUGGAUUAAAAAAAUUAGUUUAUCGCCCAUGGAAUUAAAACGGUGUUGAAUUGAUUGUUAAAAAGAAAAACCAUCAAACAGAGGUGAGCUGAUUUGUAAAGUGCUCCAGAUUAAAGAUUUCAGACCUGGGUGCUGAAGCCCUGAAAACAUUCAUGACAUCAUUGUCUACGGAGUCAUUAUGUUACGAACAUAGUACUUUAUGUUGUUGAUUUGUGUGAGUGUUCUGAAGCUGCACACUCAUCUCUCCACUGCAGAAGAGAAUCCAUCCAAUUUUCUUAGGUAUCCCAAGACAGUUUUAAAAGCUGUAAAACAGUUGUAACUUUAAUUCCAGAUUUCAAAUCAUCUUCAUUUAACACUUCAUUUAAACAUUCUGACACCGUAUCAGAUUUCAGGCAUUUUUCCUAAAAUUAUGACUUGAAAAUAAUUGAAAUGUUUUACUGUGUCAUAUUUUUUUAAUGACUUUUUGACUUUCUUCUCAGCUCAUUCUAUGAGACAAGGCCAAAGGGUUUUUUUCCCUAAUUAUUUUUAUUCAAUUCAAAAAUGACUGCACUGAACAACAACUGCACUGAUUGGGAACAAGGUGGUGGAGUUUGUAGAAAAAUAUAACGACUUACUUAUUGUCAGCUGUUGAAACUGCACAUGAAUUAGUUCUGGAACAUUUAGAUCUUUAUUAGAGUAAUCACAGCAGCCGUGGUGGAAAUGAAGACAUUUAUGUGACAAUUAAAGUCAAAGACUUCUAACAAGCCUCACUGACGCCUUUGUCAGUCACAUUGCUCUACUCUGUCGUCUGUAAAGUCACUGAGGAGAAAACGACGUGGAAGGAGUGAAGCCUGGAGUGAUUGGCUCUGUGUUUGUUUUUUAAUGAAUAAUUUUUUACUGAGGAUUGUACAGUUGGUGAUUGGAGAAGUUCUAACCCUGAGGAUCUAAAUGUUUUGCCAGAUUUUUGUCUUUAACCUUGAUAACUGUGCUUCUGUUUGUGGACUUCUUAUAGACCAGGACUGGAUGACUCUGACUCACUAACGUACGCGGCGUUCAGACGACAUGUCUAUGGUACGCUGUAGUUGGAAAUAAACUACAGCGGUGAGCCACGUCUCCUCUGUUCUUCCUCAGUAAAGGUGAUCAGAUUUAAAACACGUUUUUGGUGCAACUGUUUGUCAUGAAAAUUCCAGUCUAUGUGUUUGUAUAACUGUCAUGGUUUACAUUAAAGUAAAACAUGUUUA